CCUCGAGCUACACUGACCGUUUCGACUUUCGAGUGCUGCUGUGAGAGACACCACUGACACAAAGCUUUCGGGGGGAGAGAGAGAGAUCCCAAAUUCCUCAGUUCAUCUUUUCUAAGAGUCUUCGAUCUUCAACCUCUCCGAUAGAGACAGAGAUUCUUUGUCGGCUCAGCUUAAUCGCUGUCUGUAACCGUUCAUAAUCUCGGCUUCCUUUACGCGGCGGCUUUGGCUUAUCGGGAGUCCAGAAAUUGCUAGAUGAUAAAAUAAGAGGAAGAAGACAGGUUCGAUACAUGUGAUGCUCGCAGAUGGCUUGACACAACAAACGAAGACAACCUUUGCGUGGUGGUUUGGCAUGAGAGAUAAUCCUGUUAUGUCAGAAUCUCGACAAAGGCCCCAUUUUAAGGGCCCGAGAUGGAUAAUCAUCCUGGUCGUUUUGGUGACCGUCGUUCUGAUCACUGCGUACAUACAUCCUCCAAGGAAUUCUCUGACCUGCUAUAUGUUUUCCAGUCCCGGUUGUACGAUGUACCAACAGUUUUUGUUUGUACCUUCGAGGGAAUUGACAGAUCCUGAGGCUGCCGCUCAGGUUGUGAUGAGUGAAAUUCUGAAUCUGCCCGACUCUCAACCAGCAAACCCGAAAAUCGCCUUCAUGUUCUUAACUCCCGGGACACUACCCUUUGAGCCGCUCUGGGAAAGGUUUUUCCGUGGACACGAGAACAAGUUUUCUAUUUAUGUGCACGCAUCGAAGGCAAAGCCGGUACACACAAGCAGCUAUUUUGUUGGUCGAGAUAUUCACAGUGAUAAGGUGGCCUGGGGUCAGAUUUCGAUGGUUGACGCAGAGAGAAGGCUAUUAGCUCAUGCUCUUCUAGAUUCCGAUAAUCAGCACUUCGUAUUGCUAUCCGAUAGCUGCAUACCGCUUUACAACUUUAACUAUGUGUACGAUUAUUUGGUCUUCUCAAAUGUUAGCUUCAUCGAUUGUUUUGAGGAUCCUGGUCCACACGGAAAUGGCCGGUAUUCAGAACAUAUGCUGCCUGAGGUUGAAAAGAAGGAUUUCCGGAAGGGCUCACAGUGGUUCUCCAUGAAGAGGAAACAUGCUGUAGUUGUCAUGGCCGAUAGCCUGUACUACUCAAAAUUCAAGCUUUAUUGCAGGCCACAUAUGGACGGUGGACGCAACUGUUACGCAGAUGAACACUAUUUCCCGACUGUCUUCAAUAUGAUUGAUCCGGGCAGAAUAGCCAACUGGUCAGUGACACACGUUGACUGGUCCGAAGGCAAAUGGCAUCCGAAAACAUACGGUGCCAAAGACAUUACUUACAACCUCAUCAAGACAAUCAAGUCCAUUCGUCAUUCUUUGCACGUCACAAGCGAUUUACAGAAACAAACAACGCUCAAGGCAUGCUUGUGGAAAGGAGAGUAUCGGCCGUGCUACUUAUUCGCGAGGAAGUUCAAUCCCGAAACUUUGGAUCGAUUGAUUCAUAUCUUCCCCAAUUACACUGAGGUUUAAGGUGUUGUAUUCAAUCCUCUCAUUCGUUCUUCGGUUUCGAAUUUGGAUUCGGAUUCAGAUUCGGGACCAUCUUACUGUAACUUAUUCACCGCCCGAUAAUACUCUUGCAAGUACAUGUUUUUGCCAUUCAGCUUUGGUCUUAGAACAUACUUAUUAUGAGAUUGGCAUGAACACA